AGUCGCUGACACUUCCUUUCGUGGCGGAGUUGGCAGAUAACAAAAGUGGCACAAGGACGGUUAAAGUGAACAUGGCCCCCAGCAUGCAGUUGAACGAUGCAGUGUCCGACGUAAAAAAGGGAAUUCGGGCUAUCCUUCUCGGACCCCCUGGUGCUGGGAAAGGAACACAGGCUCCUCGGUUGGCAGAGCAGUACUGUGUGUGUCAUCUGGCCACGGGGGACAUGCUGAGGGCCAUGGUGGCCUCUGGCUCUGAGCUCGGCAAGAGGCUCAAGGAGACCAUGGAUGCCGGGAAACUGGUCAGUGACGAGAUGGUGGUAGAACUCAUAGAAAAGAACCUGGACACGCCUCCCUGUAAGAAGGGGUUCCUAUUGGACGGAUUCCCCCGCACAGUGAAACAAGCAGAGAUGCUGGAUGACUUGCUGGAAAAGCGCACCGAGAAGCUGGACUCUGUGAUUGAGUUCUCUGUCGAUGACUCCCUACUGGUGCGCAGGAUCUGUGGCAGACUGAUUCACCAGCCCAGUGGUCGCUCCUACCACGAGGAGUUCAAUCCACCCAAAGAGCCCAUGAAGGAUGACGUGACAGGGCAGCCGCUGAUGCGCCGCAGCGACGACAACGCGUCGACGCUGCGCUCGCGGCUGGAGGCCUACCACAGGCAGACGGUGCCCUUAGUCAAGUACUACAGCGCCCGCGGCCUGCACAAGGCCGUCGACGCCGCCCAGUCCCCCGACGUCGUCUUUGCCUCCAUCCUCGCCGCCUUCUCCUCUGCCACAGCCGCCCCCUGUAAAGACCUGGUGCUCUUCGUCUAAGCUCCCUUCCACUUCAGUCGCUUCUUCACUCUCAGGACUCUGCUGUUUGAAUCCUGGCAAUGGAAGCAAGCGGAGGAAAUGUUGUACUGUAGCACUUAAUUUUGAGAUGUUUCUGGAGGAUGAGUGAGCAUAAUGCAGUGCAAUCUACCAGUAAUUAGUGAAGCCAUCUUGGGAGUGACUGUUUCCCUUCUAAUAAAAAGAUGCUUUUCUACAAUCAUGCCAUAA